AGCACACAAUGCUUGCAUGGGCAGAGCAUUGUUAUGUAACAGCCUGUCUUCCUUUACUUACCAGAGGUUGUGAGCCUCUUGCCUCACUCUGCUCUCCUCAUGCCAUGGUGUGAACUUUGAGGUCUUGGUCUUGUCUGCCUCCUGGUGAACUAAUUUGCUGUGGCCCAUGGCCCCCUUCCUCCGGACUCAAGUCCUCCUGGGAGGCUCUCUCUGGCUAUCUGUGCUCUGGGUAUUGUUGUGCCCUGCGUGCUGUUCCCGUGGUCCACCAAAAUGGCGCUUUGCUACGUCUGAAGUUGUGAUUCCCAGGAAGGUUCCCCAGAGAAUGGGUGGAAGCAAUAUGCUGGACCAGAUCACCUACAGCAUGCGCUUCAGGGGACAAAGGCACGUGGUCCACAUGAAACUCAAGAAGAACAUGAUUCCUGAAAACUUUCCUGUAUACACUACUAAUGACCAAGGAGCCGAGCAGGAAGACUACCCAUUUGUUCCCCGAGACUGUUACUUCUACAGCUACCUGGAAGGGGUCCCUGGGUCCCUAGCUACGCUAGACACCUGCAAUGGAGGUCUGAAUGGCAUGCUGCAGGUGGAUGACUUCACUUAUGAAAUCAAACCAUUGGCAUCUUCUUCCAAAUUUGAGCAUGUCAUUUCUCUGCUUGUGAUAGAAAGGUCAUAUAAGUUUAAAAAAUGUAGAAAUGAAGAGAAUGUGGCAGAGGCAGAGGAAUCCCUUGAAGAGGCGAAGCUUGCUGGAAGUCCCAGGGCAGCCCCAGUGUAUCUGUGGCGUGUGCAUGUGAAAUUAAUACGAGUGCAGUACGUAUCGAGCGCUUCAUUAACCGCACUACUCAAUAACUUUACUGACACUCUUGAGUUGAUAUUGAUUGUGAACAACAUAGCAGAUAGCAUUUAUAAACUAUCUGGAUUGGGUGUCAUGGUGCGUGCUGUAUGCCUUUGGGACGAGGACCCAGACAUAGUACGUAUUCGGGAUAGGUUCAAUGAUAGUAUAGGAUAUGCGGAAGCAUUUGGCUAUUAUAAAAUGCAAUUUUUCCGAAGUAUACCACACUCCGUUGCAGCUAUUUUCACAGGAAACUUAGUUGGAGGACAGGAUUACGCUGCCCACAUGAAUACAAUAUGCAACCCCAACUGGUCAGCAGUAUAUGUAUAUUUGGGACACCGACAUGCAUUUCUUACUGCAGCUUUUUUUUCUCAUGUAGUAGGUCACAGUCUGGGUCUAGGGCAUGAUACAGUGGGCUGUGUUUGUUUCAGAAGAAGCCGUUGUGUCAUGAAUGAAAUUCCUGCUCUUCUUGAUAUGAUGAGCAAUUGUUCUCAAGCUAAGAUACAUGAUUGGAUCCAUGGAUGGGACAGUUGCUUGAGUGAUUCACGAAUUCCGUAUGCCAACUUUAAAUAUGUAGUUCCUCGUUGUGGAGAUAAGAAGCUGGACGAGAAUGAGGAGUGUGACUGUGGCUCUUUGAAAGAGUGUGCCUAUAACAAGUGUUGUACAACCAAUUGUCACUUUACUAAGGGAAGUACUUGCAAUUUGGGAGUUUGCUGUAGUAACUGUGGAUUUGCACAGGCUGGAACUAUAUGCAGAGACAAACUUGGUAUUUGUGAUCUGGCAGAAUACUGUGAUGGAAGCUCAGAGAAUUGCCCAGAAAAUGUUUACAUCCAGGAUGGAACUCCCUGCUCACCACUAGCAGUUUGCAUGUCAGGAAACUGCAGUGAUCGUGAUUUGCAGUGUCAAGCUCUUUUUGGAUACGACGUAAAGGAUGCUUCACCAGCAUGCUAUAAACAAUUAAAUAGCAAGGGUGACCCAUUUGGAAACUGUGGGAUAAGGUUACUACCAUCAGGAAGAAAACCCUAUGCAUGUGAAAAGAAAGACAUUUUUUGUGGACUGCUGCAUUGUGAUGGUGUCAUUCAUAUUCCUGGUGGAGGUGAGCACACUACAUUUCAUCACAUAAAGGUUCAAGAUAUUAAAGAAGAACAAUGCUUUGGGUAUGAUGUGCACCAUGGGACAGAAAUUCCAGAAAUGGGGCUUGUAGUGGAUGGUGCAACCUGUGGCCCAGGGAAAUACUGUAAAGCACAAGCCUGUGUUUUUCAUCAAAACUUAAAUUUUAAAUGCAACAUCAGCUCCUGUAAUUUCAGAGGGGUGUGUAACAACAGAGGCAAUUGUCACUGCACGAAAGGUUGGCAACCACCAGACUGUGAACAGAGAGGAGCAGGUGGUAGUAUAGACAGUGGUCCUACAGCCUUUGAGAAAACAAGUCGGACCAAAAUACAUAUGAGUAUGAACAAGGUGCUAAUUGUUUUAAUUACUCGUAUGGCUCUUAUCUUGGUUUCACUUAUUAUUGGUGCAAUUACGAAAGCAAUAAUGACUAAACACCGCAGACAGGAAAAACACCACAGACAGAAACAUCCUAUGUAG